AUGGCUAGCUCGGAAAAUCCCCCGGGGGGAGGUUCCCCUCCGGAUAUUAUUUACAGUAGAUCUCUACCCGAAUGGUUUGGUCCUCAAGAUGACACUAUCAUUCUUCAGUUGAGCCCAACUGAAGGCAACAAUCUCCCAAAAAACCCAUUUACCAUAAGUAAGUCAGUCCAACUUGAUGGUGGGAAAAUAGAGUAUGCGAAAACCGAAGCUAAAGGAACCAAAUACUCCAUCAAAGUUCGGGGCCGGAAGUUGGCUGAAAAGAUCAUGAAACUUGAUACUUUGAUCGACGGAACUCCAAUCCAAGUUACACCUCAUCCACAACUGAACUUUGUACGUUGCGUGGUUACUUGUCGUGAUGCUUUAGAGCUCAGCGAAACAGAACUUUUGACGGAAUUAAAACAACAAAAUGUAACCAACGUUCGGAGAAUCAAGCGAAAAGUACAAAAAGAAACAGUUAAUACCGCAUCACUUGUACUUACUGUUGCAGGCACUGAAAGACCUCAGUAUAUCAACUUUGGACUUCUUAGAAUUGCUACUCGACCGUACUACCCGACACCAAUGCUUUGUUUCAAGUGCCUAGACUACGGUCAUACAAAACUAAGGUGUGAAGGAAACGAAAAGUGCCCGAACUGCUCUCAGGAGCACGCUGGUGAGUGUCAAAAUCGAUCAUUCUGUCACCAUUGUAAAAACGACCAUUCUGCAUUAAACCGACAAUGCCCCAAAUACAUAAUGGAAGACCAAAUCUGCAAGAUGCAAGUGGAUCUCAGAAUAACUUUCCCCGAAGCUCGACGACUGUACCAAUCAAAGAAUAAGCAACCAUCGUAUGCCGAAAUCAGCUCAUCGAAAUCUUCCAUGCAAGACGAAAUUCAGAAAAAAGAUCAGGUAAUCCAACAGCUGCAGAAAGAAAUCGUAGAACUGAAGGCAACCUGCAAAAACCUUCAAUCAAACUUCCAAAAGGCCAAAACAUGGAUCCAAAGGUCGCAAAGCCUUGAGAGGAAUCGCUCCAAAAGCCAGGAAAAUAAUCAAAGCUCGAAAGUAAAUCCCAUCAAGAUCGUAGUUGACCAACCAAAACCUGACAAUGCAACGGAAGUUAAGACCCAGCAAUCGAAUCGAUCAAGUCGCUCCUUGGCACCCACCGAAACCCAAGUCAACCGUUCAGUUACUCCAGUCAAAAGACUCCAAAGUGACUCUCAAAAGCAAACACAAACGCCACAGAAGAAACAAGCCACCACUAAAUCCAGCAUAGAAUUAGACAACUCAACUGAAAUCGGAUCUGAAACGGAAAUGGCAUGCUGUAGUCCGGAGAUGUUUUCCCAAAACUAA